CACCUAAUGACGAUAUUAUGUUUCGCUGACGUUUAUCCUCGGCGAAAAUUAGUUUAGUUCUUCUUAGUUUGAUUGGCCGAGGCUGGAGGCGAGCUGUUCUUAAUAUAUAAUGCAUUAAAAUUUAUAUAUUUUUUGACCUUGAAUUUCAGGCAUUUUCUCAGCAUUGACGUCUGUUUAAUGACCUUCUCAGACGAAUAUAAAGUAAAAUGUUUGUCUUUCAUAGUCAUUACAGCAUUUUUGUUAUAUAUAUUUCACCUUCAAGUAAGUCCAUAUUUUCCUUUGAGAACACCUGAAAUUAUCUUCAUUGUUCCUGAAAAUCCAGAACCUGUAGAGAAAUAUUUAAUAAUGUUUGAUGCUGGAAGUAGUGGUACACGAAUUCACGUUUAUCUAUUUUCUUUAAAUGCGAAUGGUACGCUGACACUCAAAGGUGAAUUUUAUGACAAAAUCAUGAAAAGCUUGUCCAGUUUUACUAAACGCCCUAACAAAGCAUCGCAUGUUAUAACUGAUUUAUUGAAAGAAGCUCAUGUAAUUAUACCGAAAGAAAAAUGGAACACUACUCUAGUUGCUUUGAAAGCCACUGCAGGGUUUAGAUCUUUGCCUGUUAACGUAUCAACUUCAAUUUUAGAUGAGGUGCAGAAAACUGUAGAAAAUUCUUCAUUUUCAUGUGCUGAGGAAUGUGUUUCUGUGUUAUCAGGCGAGGAUGAAGGUAUCUAUGGAUGGUACACAUUGAACUUCUUACUUGGUGCAAUUGAGAAAGAGAACAAUUCAGUUGCAUUAUUGGCUGUUGGAGGAGGGUCUCUUCAAUUAUCUUUUUCACCAGCUGAUACAGAUUCAAUUUCGCUGAAUACUGAAGACUAUAAGAUCUUACCUAAAGUGCACUUUAGUCCCGUACCUAUCUAUAGUCGCAGUUAUUUAGGAUUUGGAACAACGUCUGCAAAGCUGUCAAUACUAGAAAUUCCAUCAAAUAAUUCAGUUGUGUCUAAAAGAAAAAAGAACUCUAAAGACCUUAUCGAACUUUCUACGCCAUGUGUACAUCCGUUGGAGAAAAUUACUUAUAGAUAUAACUCAGAAAUAUAUAGAAUUAGAGGAGAUCGACAUGGGAAGUAUGGUUACAAGUAUUGCUAUAAAAAAGCUGUUGAUUUUUUGGGCGAUACAGUUAGUGUGCCUGAAGAGCUAAGGAAUCGUGAAAUCUACGCCGUUUCAGCACAUUUUAUCGACGCUAUUGCCUCAACGCUAUUGGUGUAUGAACCAAGCGGCAGUUUUACUGUAGGUGAAUUUGUGAGUUCAUGUAGGUUCUUAUGUGAACUACCCUUAAGAACAUUUGGAUGCCUGGAAUGUUGCUAUAUUGCAGCAUUAUUGCAACAUUCUAUCGGGCUUAGCAGCGAAAAGGAGAUAAAGUUCGCAACUCAGAUUAGUGGAGUUUCAACCAGCUGGAGUUUAGGUGCAGCUCUCAACAUGCUUUGACUGUUCCGGUUUUACUCAAAUUAGGAAAUUUUUCGGAGAGAAUCUUAAGAAUUCUAAUAUUCAUAAAACAAGAUUUUCAAUAAAAUGUAUACUAAUGUAUGCUAAUAAAAUACAGUUGUUUUAAAA